UUACGAUAUGGGAUUUGUACCAUUCAACGACAGGGUCCACGACAAUGGUCGGAGGGGAGUUCAUGGCACAAGAGUCCACAAAAGAGUCAUUCUACGAGGAGGUGAUUUCUAAGGGAAAAUUCCUGGCCAAGAACGAUCUUAACUGCAAUAUAGAACUCCAAGAAAGUCAUGUUACUGCUUCGCAAGAGAAACAAGUGAAGUCGGCGAUGCCGAGUGAUGCUAAGGACGAUCAUGGAGGAGCUAUGGAAGACUCCGAAAACAUUUACGAGAUUAUACCAGGGGAUACUGCCCCGCAAAACAAGGAGUAUGGUCCAGUGAUUCGUUCUAUGAGCUUUGGAAGUUCAACCGCGAAGAAAGAAAACCUUCGAAGGAAGUCAGAACUGCUAACAAAAGCUUUGAACGAAUCAAAUUCUGCGCCGCCAUCUCCGUCGCAUUCUACUCUAGAUCUGAACUCCACGCAGUAUGCCGAAAUCAUUCACACCAACAAGGUCACAGACUUUGUUCCUUCGAGACCGACACGGGAGUCGCAAAAUCCCAUCCUCAGGCAAGACUUUUCAGGCAAUCUCUCCUUCGUGCCGAACCUGCGAGAUUUGCGCAAGCACCUCACAGAAGUUUCCCAAGAUCGCUACCUCGAGCAACGCGGUGCAAAAACAACGCCGUCCACGACACCGGAGUGUAUUCGAAAACCCAGCGAAUCAAGUCAACGUUCAUCGAGUAGCGUUUCCUCCAAAAAUUCACCGAAUCCUUCUCCGCGUUCAAAAGAGUCGCCAGGACCUCUCUAUGCUAAUAUGGAGUUCGCAUUUGUAGACGACGACAAAGGUUCGCGCCGUAGCUCCGGCAGUAGCAUUAGCGUCAACGAACGCCAGAGCGUCAGUAGCACAGAGGAUGCCAACAGAGACACGGAGGAUUCCCGUUAUGAGAAUAUGAAGGGCUUGAUAACGCACGAGUCAGGUCGACCGGGACAAGGCAGCGCGCCAGUAGAUAUCGUAUACAGUGAUUUGCACUUCCACGAAUCUCGUCGAUCGCGAAUACCGCGACUCAAACUCGACAAGACUGUAUCAACGCCUGCAAGUGGCACACACGAGAAACUCAGCGUUGAGACGAGAUCUCGCUCACUGCCGGGUCAAUCAAACCUGAAACUUUCUCCGCACAAAGACGAAUUAAGCGAUCCAAGACCUAAGAGCAAAAGCCUCGGAAAACUAAGUGGCGGCGCGCUCGGAUUUUAUGUGGCGCGUUUUGUAAAGAGAACGACUGUCCAAAGGUCGAACACAAAGACUCUGCAAGCGACUAUUCAUGACAUUGUAUCUAAAACUAAAGUGGAAGACUGUUCCUCGGUUAAUGUGGAGGUUACAUCGGACAUGAUGCGAAUCAGCACCAAUUGCUCGCCUUGGGAAGUGAUCGCGAGUUUUGAUGUGGAAAAUAUUGGUGUUAUUGAUCUGUUUGAGCAAGACCCUACAACCCUGGGAGUGAUUGUGUGUACACCGGAAGCGGACGCCGAAUGCUAUGUGAUCUGCUGUCCCGAUGCGCAACUCAUUUGCGGUGCUGUGAAGAACGCGUUUAAUUCCUCAAACUCAAAGAGUUUUAGAGUUCCAGUCUCUACACCAAUGGGACCAGAGAGCUGGUUAGGAGAAGAUGACGUCACUACAUUUUCUGGUGUCUCCUAUCUUGGUGCUCUCAAGGUGAAAAAAUCUUAUCUGCUUAUUAACGAGAGCAUCACUUCGCUGCUGGAGAAGGCACAUCCCAAAGAAUUCAAAAAUGUCUUUCUUGAAGUACAUCCCGAACAAAUACGCAUUAUAGAUGCUCAGGAUAACAAAAUUCUCCAUCAACAUACAAUCCCGUGGAUCUUGCUGCUCGGAGUUUACGAGGAAGACACUCGGCUCUUCGGCUACAUCGUGUCGGAAGCACGACAAGGGGAAAAGACCCGGAUGUUCUGUCACGCAUUCCGUUGUAGCCGAAUCACCUCGUCGGUCGCUGCAACCGAGGCUAUCCGGCUUGGUUGCCAGGCCACGUAUUCGGACCGCAGGGACUCGGUUCGAUCGUCCAGGCGGAUCUCGUUCAUUUCAAAUGCCUCUAGCUGCAGUAGUUCCCAGGGCAGCUCAUCAUCUCCUCCUCCUCCAGAGAAUUUUGGUACUUUGGCCGAGGAAGAUGAAAACAGGCAGCUAGAUUCCAAACAAGAAAAGCCUAAACACAAAGAAAAAGAGGCGAGUAAAAGCAGCAUGAAACUAAAACGUUUUGCGUCCAUGCCGCAUUUAAUUCGCUCAACUUCCAAGAAAGACAAAGAGCACAAAAUGGAGCAGGACAUGGGAAAGAACACGAAAAAUUUUAGAACAGCUUCCGUCAGCUCUGUUGGUGCGGACGAUGUUUUUGACAGCACUUGGGAAAUUGUGCCGGAAGAGAAGGUUUACAAUUUCAAUGCGACCUAUCUUUGUUCUACAGUCGUCAACCCACCGCUGAGACCAAAACAUUUGCGUGAAUGUGUUAAACAAUACCAAAAACAACAGGCCAAAUCGCUGAAAAAAUUCGGCAAGGAACAGCCGUCCAGUGAAGUUGUACUGUUAGUGUCCGUAGACGGGGUUCAAAUGACGAACUCGCGGGCUGAGAAGGAAGAACAAGGAAUGUUUUUCCCUUUCAACUCUGUAAGCAAUGCCAUGGCUCACCCAGAAAGCCCAGAAUACUUCGCGUUCGCUACCAUUGUGACGGGAGACUCGAAACACAAAUGCCACUUGUUUCGGCAAACAAAAGUUCCGUCUGAAGAGUUGGUUGAGAGCUUCCAAGCAUUCAUGUGAAAAACAAGAAUCGCGGGACAACUCCUUAUAACGGAUGUCAAGAUAUUGUUACAUGCUUGCAAUGGUGUGUUAUCUAUAGUGUCCGUGACACAAAUUUAAAGGAGUUACGUCACGGUUUGCGCAUUUUCUAAUGUUUGGCCUAAAUUUUUCAAGUUUGCCAUUUUGUAUUUCGUGUUUUUCUUCUCUAUCCUCAACUAUUCUUGUUUCUUUAUGGUUUAUUAUUAUCUCUUUGGUGUUUUUCUAUCCUAGUUAACUACUUUCAGGUUUCCUGCAAUGUAAGACAAUUGUGUGUUUUGGCCAAAAUAACUCAAAAUGCCGUGACUGAGCUCCUUCCAGCAUUAAUCCGUAUUAGCGGAAGUUUCGACCAUAGACCAGUGUCCGUAAAACGGGCUCCUGAGGUUUUACAACGUUAACAUUUCUUAAUUCAUACAGUACACGCCCAUUGAACUCAAAAAACUAAUCAUAAACACGACCUGAGUAAGGAGAAUCCAAACCGAAUCGCAAAGCAUACGCUAGCCUCGAUUUCCGCCGCUCUCUCGAGUUGGAUCUACGUUUCUCCCCGAGAGGAGACAGCAAAGGAUCGCGGGCUCCUUUCCUGAACAGCGGCUGGCAAUCUUGCCUAAGCAUAGAUUUGAUUGCUCGAAACAGUGAGAACAGGAGAAAUGUCAUUCGCCUUGUCAUACUUCCCAAAGGUUCGAUAAAAUGACUGAAAGAGAUCUGAUGAUCUGAUGCUUAAUCAUUUUCGAAAGUCAAAUUACAAAAAGGCAGUCUGCGCUAGCGAUCGUAUCAAAGCCAUAUUCAGUUGGUAUACCUAGUCCCGUCUGCAUGUGAAAUAAUCACUUUCCUGACCCACCCAACCCAUUAAGGUUUAGUUUUUAAUUAAUUCUGCGUAUUUUAGCCAUACAUAAAUCUCCUAUAACGUAUAUUCUAUAACACUUCGGAGAUAUAACCGCAGAGAAGCACGGAUUGAAUUUUCACCUUCACGUCACUAUUUUUGGUGUCGACAAAGAUGAGCGAUUUUGUUGUUUUAGCCAGCAGCUACCCGCUAGUAAUCUAAUUAACGAUAUAUAACGUCCUCAGACAGAUUUUAGUGAUAUCAACAAAAAUCGCCGGCAAUUUCUAAUUUUUCGUAAAACUGAACCAGGUCAACAAGCUGCCGCUGAAAAUGGUAAUCUCAAGGCAUCCAGUUAUUUUCACUACUUAUUUUCAUCAACAGUUAAGUUAUGAAGUAAUAUAUUUCUGGCCAUGCGUAAUACCGCUUUUUUGACACAAAACACCAUUAUCACUAACAAUUCCUUGCUUAUAUUGUAAAUAACGAAUUUUGGUUAAUUUAUUUGAGCCUUGGAAUAAUUUAAAAUUAGUGAAGUGAGAUGUAAUUAUAAAUCAAUUCCAGCAAUGUGCAAUUGUUUUUUUGCUGCCUACGAAAAGAGAAACUCGUGAAAUUGAACUGUAGUGUUUUCGCUGUUAGAUCGCUGGACAUUGAUCAGUGAAAAAUGUAUUUAAUUUUUUUAUCAGUGUAUAUCGAGAACGACAUGAUUUAUGACUCAAUCAUGAAUGCUGUGAUAUCACAAAGUGUUCGCCGUGGGCAAUUAUUUUUGUAACUGUCUAAUUAAGACAUUGUCAUGACAGAGAAAGUUGGUACUUUUACUUGCAA